AACUGCUUUCCCCGCAGUUUUACGUAACCAAGGUUCGGAAUCCUCUAGUCAGGAUUAGAUCAGGCGCUGGCGCCCUCUCCUUCCCAUCUCUGGCCUCCAUUUGCUCUUCCUUUGGCUUCCACCAGACCUUUCCUCUUAGCCCCAGCGUAAUGCCUCCCGGGAGCACAGGGACGCAGACACAGGCGACAGCGGCUGCAGAAUCUGGAACCUUCAGGUUGGGAUCUGAAUUCUCCCGGGGACUACGGUAUAUCGGUUAAAAAAAAAAAAAAAAAAAAAAAAGAGGGCCCUGUGGAGGGAGGAGGAGGGAGAGGAAACCGGAAAGGAAUGACGAAAUGUGGAGAGGGCGGAGACAAUUUACAAUGCUUCCCGCCGGCGCACUUUCGGUUUUCAAUCUGGUCCGACGUUCGUGUAUAUCAAGGGUAAAGCCGCACUGGCUAGCCUCAGACUGUGUCGUCGGCGUUGCAGUCAUGUCUGGCAGGGGAAAAGGCGGAAAAGGUCUCGGCAAAGGCGGCGCUAAGCGCCAUCGCAAGGUCUUGAGAGACAACAUCCAGGGCAUUACGAAGCCCGCCAUUCGGCGUCUUGCUCGCCGCGGAGGCGUCAAGCGGAUCUCUGGCCUCAUUUAUGAAGAGACUCGGGGUGUGCUGAAGGUGUUCCUGGAGAACGUCAUCCGGGACGCGGUCACCUACACGGAGCACGCCAAGCGCAAGACUGUCACUGCCAUGGACGUGGUGUACGCCCUUAAACGCCAGGGGCGCACCCUGUAUGGUUUCGGAGGCUAAGUCGCCAUUUCAGCUUUGUAUUUCAGUCCCAAAGGCCCUUUUUAGGGCCACCCAUAAAAUCACCAAAUGAAGCUGGGCACUGAACACAAGCCGGAAGGCAGAAGGGAAUUUAGCACUUAGUUCUUGGGCUACAGUCGGUACACGGAAGGCUACCGACGCCCAAGGCGUUGGCAGCCCUAAAGAGCUAAAUCGUUUGCUAAAACGGCCUUUCAUUUGUUUAGCCAUUUAUCGAUCUGAAAGGUUGGCAAGCACCAGGUUUAAGCAUUACGGUGGCUUGCUUGUAUAGAGUCAGCCACCUUGGGUGGACGCGCUGUCAUAGUUUUUGGUCGCUGGAACUUGAAGUAGGAAGCCAGAGAUUUAAACAUAGGCUAAGCCCCUCAGUAUGUAGCCUCGCUGCACUUAACGCAAAGUAGAAGCAGACCUGCAUUUGCAGUCGAGGCACCAGUUCUCAAACCUGUAGUGUCUGGAUUUCUGUCAGCUUUUGGGCUUUAUUUUCUUUGCCCGGUUAAUGGGGGGCCAGAUAGAUGACUCAAGGGCCCAUUCAUAUUAGAUGUCUGGGAACACCUUUAUGUACCCUGCUCACCCCUAAUAAGGCAUGAGAGCUUUCAAAGACAAAACUAGGCCGGGCAUGGUGGCUCAUUCCUGUAAUCCUAGCACUCUGGGAGGCCGAGGCUGAA